GGGCAGACUGCAGGAAAAGAUGGACCGCAAACCUGCAAAGAGGGGGGCAGGAACGGAAGCUAGAUUAAUAUCAACAACCUGAGUUCACGACUCAGGGAAAACUUGACAGCGUUCGAGGCCGAUUAACUUUACCAUGUUGUUAUGUCCAGUUAAAAUGCCGUAAUAAUAUCCGGCACAUUAUGGAGGAGUCGUGUUAUUGCGCGCCGUGGAAGUGGGUUGUUUUUGGGCUCAAAUUCAGUGGCUAGUUUAGUCAUUUGGAGGAGCUAAGUUAGCUAACUUUUUGUGAGUUGGCUGGAGUCAACUAAUUUUGACAGCCUCAGUAGGCAAACAAUAGUUUAAUAUGCUCGGACAUUGCUCCGUGCUUAGUUUUAACAAGGUUGCGGGUGUAGCCGUAUUGUCUGCUAGCUGGUGUUAGCUCGUCCUGGUAGUUUUAUGUGGCGCUAACAGAGCCCAGUUUGCUCGCAAUGCUCCUGCAGCUGCUCCCACCUGUCAACUAGCUGGCUCUUCUUCUCCUGUCUCCUGUCUCCUGUGUCCCACCUGCCGUUGCUCAAUGGCUCACUGCGGCUCUUCCGAACCGAGCGCAAAAGCACAGACACCGCGCCCGGAGAGCAUCUUGCCGUCGCAGGGUAGCGUAGACCAAAGCAUGAAGCCGGUGCUCUUCGAGAUCUUCGGCGAGAUAUGGACCGUCCAGUCGCGGCUCGGCCAGGGAGUCUCGGCCUCGGUGUACCGGGUCAGCUCAGGCAGGGCCACCACAGCCGCUGUUAAGGAGUUCCAGGCCGACACUCAGGGAGGAGAUUACGGGUAUCUCAAGGAGAGGUCCGUGCUGGAGGACAUCCAGGGACAUAAAAAUAUCGUGACACUGUAUGGGGUGUUCACCAACCACAGCUGUAUGGGUGUUGCCACCCGUUGUCUUCUGCUGGAGCUCUUGGAUGUCAGUGUGUCUGAGCUGUUGGUGAGAGGCAGCAGUGGUACCCAGGGUGGUAGACCCCAGCAGGGCCACUCCAUGUGGCUCGUUCAGCACUGUGCCAGAGACAUCCUGGAGGCUCUCGCUUUCCUUCACAAAGAAGGCUACGUCCACGCCGACCUCAAGCCACGCAACAUCCUCUGGAGCGCUGAUGACGAGUGCUUCAAGCUCAUCGACUUUGGCCUCAGCUUCAAAGAGGGAAACCAGGAUGUCAAAUACAUCCAGACAGACGGGUAUCGCGCUCCGGAGGCUGAGCUUCAGAACAGCCUUGCUCAGGCCGGGGUGGAGGUGGAGGGAGACUCGGGCUGCACGGCCGCUGUGGACCUGUGGAGCCUGGGCAUCAUCCUGUUGGAGAUGUUCUCAGGAAUCAAACUCAAAGACACCGUCCGCUCGCAGGAGUGGAAGGAUAACAGUGCUGCCAUUGUUGACCAUAUCUUUGCCAGCAACAGUCUGCUGUGCCCUGCCAUCCCUGUCUAUCACCUCAGAGACCUUAUCAAAAGCAUGCUUCUCAAUGACCCCAAGCAAAGAUGCACAGCUGAAACUGCCCUGCUGAGCCCGUUCUUCAGUAUUCCCUUUGCACCUCACAUUGAGGACCUGGUUCUGCUGCCCUCUCCUGUUCUGCGUCUGCUCAACCUGAUUGAUGACAGUCAUCUGCACAAUGAAGAGGAAUAUGAAGACAUCCUGGAGGACAUGAAAGAGGAGUGUCAGAAGUACGGCUCAGUGGUUUCUUUGCUCAUCCCCAAGGAGAACCCAGGGAAAGGACAGGUGUUUGUAGAGUAUGCCAACUCCAGUGACUCCAAAGAGGCUCAGAGAUUGCUGACAGGACGCACCUUCGAUGGGAAAUUUGUUGUGGCCACCUUCUACCCUCUCAGCGCUUACAAAAGAGGUUACUUGUAUCAAACUGUGCAGUAAAGUCCUGAAGCUCAAUUUACACCUCUGCAAUUGCAUGAAAUAACACAGCUGCAUAGGGCACCCCAGGGUCAUUUUCUCCCUAUAGAAAUAACUAGACCACACUGAGUUAUGAGUGGCUGCUCUGCAGUUAAAACUGAUUCACUAAUUAAUGAGUGUAGUUUAAAGUUCUGCAUGUUAGCCAUGUGGUUUUCUACAGUUGAUUAAACUUGGUGUGGAACGUAUGCAACACUUACAUCAUCUAAACACAACAUCUAAAUAGUAGCAUCUGUCUAGAUAAAAUAGUCAAAUCCUUUAUCUCAUCAGUUGAAUCAGGGAUGUGAUGAUCAGAAACAGUGGGAUAACACUGAUCACCCAGUAGUAAUGAAUGGGAGUUUUAUGACUGAUGAUAAACAAAUCCCUGUAAACUGAUGAUGUCCUGUGGUGAAACUAGUGUACUAUCCUGUUGUUAAAUUAUUCAUAAUAAUAAUUAUGCUACUGCUGCCUAUUUAUAGUUGUUAUAUUCAACAUUAAUGAGAGGAAAUGGUGUGGUAAAUGGGAUAUAGAGGCAGCCUUCGCUGGCUGCUCAGGCAGUUUUCAGGUAGAAAUAGUUUGGAGUGACCCCUCCACAAGUUCGUAGUUUUCACUCAUUCUCUGCCAUUAUCUGAGCAAGCCAAGGGUUCCUUGUGCCCUGCACUGUAGCCCUAUGCUUUGUAGCUUUUUCAUUACAAAAGUCACCAUACUCAGAAAAUAUUUUUAGCAUCGGUUGACAAUGCUCCUGACAUACACUGAGUUUUGUGUUUUGACUGCAACACUGAAAGUGCAUAAGAACAAGUUUUUGAGAAUGUGCUGAAAAGAAUCAGAUAUUCAUCUGAAUAUCUAAUGUAAUGAUGUUAAUCCUUUCCCAGUUGGAGAAUGAGUCUAUGAACAAAGAGAAAAGUAGUUCCAACUGUGGUAGAAAAUGACUUCUAACUAACUAAAGCCAAGUACCCUUUCAUUUUACCUCGUAGAAUAGUGCAAUUUGAAAUUCCAAUUUAGAGCCAAGAUGUUAAGCAGUAGUCUUACAGAGACAAUGGAAAAUGCAGAUAUGCAGUCAACUGUUCCUCUACCAUGUAAGGGGUAGUGUAAUGCCACUGUGUGUAGAAUUUUUUGUAGCAUCUUUCAAAUGACUCCAGAAGCAUUUGAUCAAAGAAAAAACAGACAAUCCUGGACAUAAUUGGUGCAGUCUGUGGCCAUAGUUUUCAAAUCCUACACAUAGUGGCUUUAAGGAUUGUGUAAGUGAAAGGAGAGUCUGUAGUGGCUACUCAAGACAGUAUCAAGUGUAAUGUUAUGCAAUUUUCCAGUGUUCCACCUAUUAGUCUCUAAGUUAGUUUGUGCAUGAACCAGAGGGUUGACUGCCAGCCCAACUUUGUAGCACUACUGUCCUGUGGGAAUACAUUUUACCAAGGAGUUCCUAAAAUACAGGACAUAGAAUAGUUUCAUACUUCUGUAUUUUAUGAAUCAAUGUGACAGAAUUGUCAUAGAGUAUGCAGUCUUGAAAUGAAAAUUUCUUGCAAUAUUGUUUUACAAUUUUACCAAGUGGAGUCCAGAAAUGAUCACAAUUGUUUUGAAUAGUAGUGAUUGUCAGCAAGCCUGGUAUUUUCUCAGUGGAAUGUACUUUUUGUUGUAGUGCCAGAAAUUCUUUUGUUGUUUUGGUUCCACUGGGUCUGCUAUGGUAACAUUGCCGAGCCCAUUGAGUCACACUGAAGCAUCAGAUGAUUUCUACACAAGUGCCCUGUGAUAUUCACAAACUAGCUAGCUAACUAACCAAAAUGCUACUAUUACAACAGGUGGUGCUACGCCUGUAUGUGUUGAUUCCUUACGUAGCUGAAGCCGUUGCAGAUGCCUUAGAAAAUAAAUCCCUUCCAGCAGAUGUAGUGCUGCCCACUUAACAAAACUAGAUUGUUGCUGACAAUAAAAAUGGAGCAGAAAUCUCUUUCGUAGUCUACAUAAAGCUAUUCAUUGCCCAUUUUUAAUGUAUUCUUAUUAAAGCCAGAGUAUGUAAUUUUUACUGAAUAGCAGCCACUGCAGUUACAAGUGAAAGCGAUGGUAUUAUGCUAAUGCUGGUGUUAGCCAAGCUACUGUUCGGCUUUUAGUAGUAUAGUUUACUAUUUAGCUAAAAUGCAAAAUAAUAAUAUAAUACUCACACAGAUGUGUGCAUUAGUGUUUAUGAAUUCAGUGUUUUAUUUGUAAGAGGGAGAAUGUGUAAAAGUUACAUAGUCUGGUGUAUAAGAAACUGCAACUGGUUGUAACGUUGUAGAGCACAAAUACAGAGGUCUGUUCCAUUUAAAUGGAUCAUCUGAUUUGAGUAUGUGAAGAAAAACUGAAGAGUAAAAUGAGAACAUGUUUGAAGCAAUAUGGACACGUGAAUCUUCCUCUGUCUGAGACUUAUUUUUAUUAAAUACUGUGUUGCUCCUUCCAGUAGUAAAAUAUAUCUAAAUUCUGCAACAAAAAAUAUAAAAACCUAGAGUCAGAGGAAAGUUGGAGUCUCUAAAGUACUCCAAAAACAUAUUUUUCUACAAACUUAAUUUGUAUGUGCCUGAAAUGUGAAUUCCAGAGUUUUCCACUGGCCUAAAUAUCUUGAUUUAAAACUUGAAUUAGACUCCACAUGACUAUAAAGGACAUUUAAAUUAGCAGUCUCUGGUACAUUGUUGUCACAUGCUUGUAACCAGUGGCCCUUAAAUAACAAUACCAGACUAAAAACCAAUGAUUUAUUCCACAAACGUUAUAUCAUUUGUCCUGUAGUUUGUCAUGGACCUCGUAUAGAAAAUGAAUCUUUGGUAAUAUGAAGAUGUUCCUUUAAGGCAUUUUGUAUCAUUUAGGAUCUAUGCAGCUCCAUAAGUAUCUUCUGCUGUUCCCACAGACAAAUACAUGAUAGUUUGUCUAGUUUUCUGUAGCAGGGCUGCUGUGAGUACUGACCUGGUCCCCUGCAAGAACAAGUAUGGCUUGAAAAGUACUAAAGGGAGUUUGGACAUGGUGAAGAGAACUCCCUGUGUUUGUGUUCAACGUCGCAUGACAAAUCAGUGUGUGGGUUGUGCUCUUUACAUGGUAUUGAGACACUGUGUGAGUGUAGAUUUAAAGAAUUAGAGGGGCUGUGUUAGAGAGUGUAUAGAGUCUGAAAAUGAGGUUGCUGUCCAGCAGCUUUUGUUGAUUGGGACCUCAGUCAAUGUGAUUAUAGAUUGUUUUAUUUUUUUUAUGCUUUAUUUUACAGGUCCAUAAUGUCGUAAUAAUUAUCUCGGAAGUUAUGUUGAAAGAAUCAUGUGAUUUGGUACAAUUUUCAGGGAGGUACAAUUUUAUUGAAAAACAAAAUUUUAAACCCAAGUAAUUAUUAAUAUAUUAUUCAUUUAUUAUUGGAAAUAUCAUCCUUUGUAUGUGUUGAAAUUUGUGCUUACCUGUAAACAAAUUUAGAAAAGUCCAUGGGUUACACCAAUAAUUUAUUGAAUUGAACUAAUUAGAAGUGUACCCUUCCAACUUUGUCUGUAUUUUCUCUAUAAUUACUACAAACUAAGUCUUGUCCAGUACAUACCUGGUGGACAGAGCACAGGAGGAUGACAUCAUGCCAAAGAAACUGUUGGUAUUGAGUCACCACUAAGUGUAUUAGAAAUUCAGCGUUUUGGUUGUGGAUCUUUGUCCAACUAUUAACUUCCAAAAGUUGUAGUUCUAGUAAAAUAAAGUCUUAUUUCUUUUUUGUUGUUUGCAAAGUUUAGAGAUGCAGGGCCAGUUAGAGGCCUACAUUUUUUGUUUUAGAUAGGGGCAUUUUGCUGUCAGUACAUACUUCACAUUUAAAUUCCUGACAGGAAACAUUAGGGGAGAGAGGAGUAUCACAUGCAACAAAGAUCCCAGAUGAAAUCAAACCAGGGUUGUUGCAGUUACAUGAUAUGUGUCUUCACCACUUGGUCAUUGGGAUGCCCUCCUCAUCACCUUUAAAGUGAGAUAUGCACUAAAGUUUCCAAGACGAUUUUCUAAAACGACAGACAGCAACACAUAAUACAACAAAUUCUGACACAGGCAACAAGUGAUAAAUCUUUACAUGACAAAAUGACAUGACAACUCAAGUGAAACUGUCUUUCACAGAUCUUUCAUAUUAAGGGUUUUAUUCCCAACACAUCUGUGCAGCAUGUGGUCUUCCACACCUAAACUGCCUUGUCCCAAUGUCACUUGAAAAGCUGCCAUGUCACUGCUUGGCUUGUGGUUGUCAUAAAUCCCUUCAGGCGACAUGAACGCAAAGCCAGGUGAUAGCCAAAGCCAGGUGACAAAACGGAAGCGAAGAGAUGAAGUUGAGAGAUGACUGAAAAGGAAGAAGCAGAUGUGACUACUAUGUCAUUGCUAAUGACUUUAUUGACAUGACCAUCCACUGAAUCCACAGUUUAAAAGACUCACUGCCAUUGUUCAGUUCACUGCAACAUGGUUUAUGAGUGAUUCAUACUCUGGUUUGUUUGUCAUCUUGUGUCACAGACUGGAGGGUGUUACUGACUCUGAAUCUGAGAGUCAAACAGUAUAAGUGUUUGGACUGUAUGAAUGUUAACAUUAGGUUGUUGGUUGUGUAUGGAGUUGUGGUUUGUACUGUUUCUAGUUUACAUAGAAAAGGGCAAAGCAGGUUUGUCUAUUAAUGGCUGCACCUUCGAAUUAUAAUGUGACUGCCUUGCUUUUAUGAAUGCUCACUAAUUAAUUCAGCUUUUCACAAUAUUUGCUCCCUGCUGGUCUGAGCCUAGUGCUGCUCAGACUUGGUUCAUUUAGCUUUUGCCUUGUAAUCAUUGAUAGUCUAAGAAAUAGUCUGCUGCCACAGAGCUGUGAGCGCCUACAGUAAGACAUUAAGUCUUUUGUCUUUAGUCUCAAAUAUUUAUCAAGGCUACAGUUGACCUGAUAUAAUAUUACAUUGUUUGCUGCAUGCUGAUCCUGUUUGGGGUAGGAAAUCAUUUAAGUUCAAUCCUGAAAGCAUCCUCUUACUAGCUGAGCACUGGGAUUUACAAAAGCAGCAGUUUUUUGUGUUUAAUGCAAUAGUUAUCACUUUUUUUGAUUUUACGGUAGUGGAAUUAUUCUUAAAUAUAUCAGUUUGAAAGUAGUUUUUCACUCUUUGUGUAGAUAGCUUUUUUUUUUUUUAAAUUGUGUGCUAUACACAGGUUAAUAAAAGAUGCCUGCUGCCUGUAUGAAGCAGAGUACGCACAAAGGUAAAAACAUUGCUACACAGUCUUCAUUGCACACUAUUUAUGUAACACCCAGCUAAUGUGAUAUUAGUGGACUUUUCUGUCUCAGUCUUGGUGACACUGUGUGCACAUGGUUAGUACUUCGUGCCACAGUUAACUAUCAAGAGAUACCAACAGAGCCCAGUUUGACCUGACUGGAACAUUAAAGGUGACUAGCACUGACACAAGACAUGCAUCAUUUUCUACCAAAUCAGUAUGACAGUAUGCAAACUAAGGCUGAACAAUUUUUUUUUUUUUAAUUAUUGAUUGAUUUGUUCAAAUACCAAUGAAAAUUUAGCUCAGUGCCCAAAGUGACAUUGAUAAAAGAAAGGAAACCGUAAAUUCUCACUUUUUAAGAUGGGGUGAGUCAAUGUUAAGCUUUUUAAAAAUAAAUCAUAUAAAAGAUCAGUUGACUAUUAAAAUGAUUAGUUACUUUUAUUACCUUUUUUGUUUCUAUAAAUACUAGUGUCUAAUUGGUACAUGCAUUCUUUUUGUACUUACUGGCAUUAGUUCUGCUCAGAGCAGCAGCCAAGAGUUGCUGUAGUUCUUUUUUGUGUGGGUUGUGGUAGAGUGCAGCACUGAUGAUUAGCUCACAGCAUUGGUCAGCAGGUACAUAGAGAGAAGAUGGGCUGAAAAACAGAGUCACAUGCCUUAAGAGCUCUGUCACAGAUUGAGUGAUGAGUUGGCAGCAUUUUUCUUCCAGUUAGAAUUUCAUAUUGAGUUGAGAAUGUAUGUGAGCUUCAUGUCAACAGGACAAACCGAGGGCUCUAAGGAUUUAGUAUGUAUGCAUGAAGUUUGCUGAUCUGUUUGCCUGCAUACUGACCUCCCCUCUUCCUGCCUUGCUCUGGAGUCCUCCAUCCUUGUCUUUCUUCACAUGUCUGUGGCUCUGACUCAGACAAGAGUAGUGACUCCUCAGGCUGUUGAAGUUGUACUAGGCAAGAUUUUUCCCAUCUGACACCCAAAGGAAAUCUCUGCCCACACAAAAUAGUAACACAGUCUUCUUCAGAUGGAGUAAAAUGUACUGAAUUGUUUCUGGAUGUUGAAGUCUGUAUAUUCAAACACUUCCCACUGCCGUUUGGGUCUGCUAGUUAGCUAACCUUCCACUGUCCAUCAUCUAAGACAAUAUUUCUGCCCUCUUUUUGUCUUUGCUGCUCAGCGUGGCUCCUUUUUGUGCACUGGCAGAUUCAGGGUCGUGCUUUUAUUUUAUGGCACCUAACCUUUAGGCCUGACUUUGAUAAGCUCUCAGCACAUUUGUGCAUUAGUGUGUGUUUAGAUAAUUUGGACAAGGUGUGUGUCUGUGUACGAAUAGACAAGUAUAGAAUUUUUGGAGACAGCGUUUAUAAGUUGCAAGAGCUGUCUACCUGUGUGCAUGGCAUGUCUGUGUAAGACAGCAGUGUGUGUCUGUUUUUCCUCCAUUACCGUGUGAGUGUGUGUGUGUGUGAGAGGUGUUCUAGCUGAAGUGCUGUAUGCCUGUUUGCUAUUGCUAAGGCAAUCUGGAAACCAUUUGAAAUCAUAAGGACAAUGUGAGUAAAAGUCUGUUUAGAACUGAGGAGUUAAUAUGCAAGAAUACAGCCAGCCAUUUCUACACUGUGUGUCUAUAGUAUCCAUUCCUGUUAACAAGAACACAUGACAUGGGCUUACCUUGAAAUUCUUUACAGCACAGUAUAUAAAAAACUAAUUGCAGUGGUACAUAAAUCUUUCACUCAAGAUUACGAAGUGUGAUUUCAGCCCACACACACAUAAGACUGCUUAUUGAUGAAAUUGGUCAACUAAAAGUGAAUAAGAAAAAUAAAACUGCGACAGUGAUUAAACCUUGACAUUGACUUUGCUUGGUUCAUUUUUGAGCUGCCCUUGCAAAAAAGUGUCUACUAGUGGUACAAAGAACUGUGAUUUCAUGUGAGUGGCAGAAGUUGUUUUUCUUUCUAAUUCUGAUUUAAAGCUGCAAUAAAUGAUUAAUAUUGUGGGCCAGAAAACAAAAGCAAUCCAAAAUGACUAAAAAAGCUCCUUAGAGCUGAGAUGAACUGCAGAGUUGGGUGAUAAUUCUUUGUGGGUUUGUCACCAUAAAUGACUCCUUCUAUAUCACACACAGUGAUUUGAUCUGUUGUUAAAUGCAUUAAAUAUGUUUUCAUAUGUCAUUAUAAUUUAAGCCAAAUUUGACCUACUACUGUUGUCUAAUCAGGGUUGAGAAUAAAUGUCCAGCUAGCACAAGCUCCAUCGGCCUAGAUAUACCAAAUCCUGAUGAAACUACCAGACAACCGAAACCAAAAGAUUUGAUGAGGGAGGGAGAAUUUGCACUGAUAUUAUCAUUUGGAGUGUGAACAACUCCAAAAUGUCAUGUCUACAGCGUAGUAUUUCAAAAUAUCAAAAGACUAUCCUUAAGACAGUUGUUGCCUUUUUUGAUUACGGUCUUCCUUUUGGUUUCAACCAGUUUGGUUGAGGAGUAGUUAAUUAUAGAAGUUGGAUUUCAGCACUUGAUGAUGUUCCAGAGAAUUGUGGGAUAUUUGUGGGAUGUAUGAUUGGGUUAAAUAAAUUGUAAUACUUUUUCUCAAUGACACAUUGUUAAUGUAAAGAAUUCAUGUUAAUAUCUAUUUCCAGAUAACAUAUCCUCAUCCAGUGAUCCUGCCUCAUGGAAUGUCCCACAGGUCACACUGGACUAAAGGCAAAUGAUGUUACUUUAUGUUUCUGCUCAAGAGAAGCACAAUGUGAGAAGGUCACUGUAUACAAGACACAUACAACGUGAAUGAAACUGUGUGAGUAAGCCCAUGUUUUACAGCCUUUCCAGCUGAGAAUGAAUCAGCACUCACGCUGUUGUGUUUCAGUAUCUCAUAAUAAAAAUGAUGCUUGACUUAAA